ACAGUCAAAAUCACCAAUUACUUUUAUUGUUCCGAUCCUCCACGUUUUAACCAGUGUGUCUGUUGCAUCACUGCAGCGAAUGAGACAGAAAUCCAGUUUCCUUUAUAGGUCGUAAAAGCCUGAACUAGACUGUAUAAACAAAGUUCGGUUCAUUUUUGUCGACUAAAUCUAAUUUAAAUUGUGUAUUUAAAAAAAUAUUAGUCAAAUAAAACAACACUAAAGUCGACAGGACCAAAUUGAGACGAAAACUAAGAUAAUUUUAAGCAAUUUUAGCAGUGUGAAACAGAGCCAAUAGUUGGCAGUAAUGCAACUCCAAAAGAGUGCAGUACUGAUGGUAUAACACAGGAGGUGUACAGCUCCUGAACUCUGUGCUAUAUGAAACGGACCAGUCUGUCAGUUUAGUAGUUUUUUAGAACCUGAAAUAAAUCUGACUGAUUUAACGAAUUGUUUUCAUACACAGGUAUAAAGUGACACCAGUGCAGACACAACUCAUGGACCGGGCACAUCGUCACUACAUCGUCAGCGACCUCUGCAGUUAAGAGAGAGGGCAUCAGUGUGACGACAAGGAGCUCCUGGAGAAGGUGACCCUCGUCUGCGCAUCUGUUGGUUUGACAUGGCGUUCGGUUUGGAUUUCACCGCCGCUGAGAUGAACGCCUUUUACGCGGGGCCUUUCUGGUCCACUGCGCACCUGGAUUACACACACAACACGGCCGGGUGUGCACCGGAGACGACCAGAGGUGGGUGGACCGGAAACGCAUCUGAAUAUUGUGCUCUUUUGAGAUUAUCCACAGAGUUUAACGCGUGUCUUCUCCCCACAGUGGAUCGUGGAGAUCAGCAAAGAGCGCGCAGGAAGCGCACGACCUUCACCAAGGCGCAGGUCAGUGAGCUGGAGCGCGCCUUCUGCGUCACACACUACCCUGACGUCACGCUGAAGGAGACCCUCGCGUCUUUGACUGGACUGCCGGAGUCAAAAAUCCAGGUCUGGUUUCAAAAUCGACGGGCGAGAUACUUUAAGAGUAAGAAACCAACCCGAGGUCCUGCGACCGUGUCCUCCGCGGACCACCACCCUGGUCAGGGCUUCACUCCUCCACCCAGUCCAACGCUGCCGUCUCCACCUGGAUACCCUGCUCCAUGUCUGCCCCAGUCCACCAGACUCUCCUCCAUCCUGGACAGUCACGGAGGAGUCAAACCCUCAACCUCGCCUACAUCGCCCACUUCAUCCUACUUUAACGGACUACAUCUACCGGACCUGCAUGAAUACCAAACCCCGGACUUCACUGAUUUGUGCCGGGAUGAUUUCCCGUACACGGACCUUGACGACGUGCACUUCACUCAGGAGUUUGAGGAUUUCCUAGGGGGCGCUCACGGGUCUCUGGAGCAUGCGGUCAGCCGCUGCUCUGCCGUGGAUCGUCAGUCUUCUACUCGCGCUCUCACCGACCAGCAGCAGGACCUCUACCGUCCAGACGACCUGUCCGACAUGUGCCUGCAGGACCUGGGCGACUUCAGCCUGGCGGAUUUGGACCUUUCUUCGGCCAUGAUCGAUUAUCUGAUGAAUGAAUUGUAGAGACUAAAAUGAUAGAGAGCGGGAAAAGUGAGAGCAGCGCGUAAGAAGGUAGUAAAGCUAAAGUAAUAUAUAGUAUACGUAGAGUAUUUAUUGUGGACACGUUGUGUAGGAAACAGGUAUAACUGAGAUGUCAUAUGUGGUGUAGUAUGUUGUUUACAGACAGAAAUAAACCAGAAUGACUGAAUACUAUGAGUAUUUGUAUUGUGUUUUAAAACACGUCGUGUACGCUGUGUCGUCACGUGGCGCCGUGGCUUAGUUGGUUAAAGCGCCUGUCUAGUAAACAGGAGAUCCUGGGUUCGAAUCCCAGCGGUGCCUUUUUCAUAACCGAGUUCUGUGACGUUUUUAAAUUGUAAAUCAAUUAAACAACAUAAUAAAAUAAAUAAAUAAAAUGAAAUAACUCGGAAACUGCGCGUAACACGAAAAGAUACCUAUACAAACAGUUGUAGUUUGUGGAAUAUUUAUUUUGAAUGAGAUGUUUUAGAAGACAGAAAAAAAACAACAAAACAACAACAAAUGCCAUUCAACUUUUUUUUUUGGAGUUCUAGAACACAGGUCCGUACACUGACUACUUCACCAAAGUGAUUAAUUUAACUUAGUGACCACGACAAUGUCCACAUGUUAAGGUUUAGUCAAAUGCAAAGGAUUUCUGCAACAUUCAGGUUUCCCUCCUAGUGGAUGGUUUUGUUA